UAAAUAGGCGGGUUUCAAUUUAAUCAAAAUGCUGUUAAACGAUAUUAUAAGCGGAAAAGUAGUUGAUUCCGUCUAUAUUAUAGCGGAAAUUGGCCAAAACCACCAAGGUUGUGUGGAAACAGCGAAGAAAAUGAUAUGGGAGGCCAAGAAAGCCGGUUGCCACUGCGUCAAGUUUCAAAAAUCCGAUUUGCCAGCAAAGUUUACGAGAUCCGCUCUAGAUCGCGAAUAUACCAGCGAUCACGCCUGGGGAAAAACCUACGGAGAGCACAAGGAGUAUCUGGAGUUCUCUAAGGAUCAGUAUCUCCAGCUGCAGGCCCACUGCAAGGAGUUAAAUGUGGACUUUACGGCUUCCGCCAUGGAUGAGAGAUCGUUGGAGUUCCUUGCCGAUCUAAAUGUUCCCUUCAUCAAAAUUGGCUCCGGAGAUGCAAACAACUUUCCGCUUCUCAAAAAGGCAUCCAAUUUGAACUUGCCCCUGGUGAUCUCCACCGGAAUGCAGACUAUGCAAACUGUGGAUAGGAUUGUGCAAACUAUGAGGGAGUCAGGAAAAGAGGACUACGCUCUAAUGCACUGCGUUUCAUCGUACCCAACUGACCCCGAAGAUUGCAGCUUGCAGUUGAUAUCCGUCUUAAAGAGGCGAUUUCCCAAUGUGGAUAUUGGGUACUCGGGUCAUGAGCUGGGAGUGGUCAUUAGCCAGGCCGCCGUUUUGCUGGGCGCACGCAUAGUGGAGCGCCACUUUACGCUGGACAAGAGUCAGAAGGGCUCCGAUCAUCGCUGCUCCCUGGAGCCGCAAGAACUAAAAGCUCUGACUACAGCCAUUACCAACUUUAAACUCUCUUCAGUUCCCAUGUCUCCAGAGGUAAUAGUUCAAAAGUUAAAUGGAGGUGAGGAACUAGAGGCAGCUCUUCAGCACGUUGAGUCUAAAACCAUUUUACCCUGCGAGCUGCCCUGCCGAAAUAAACUGGGUAAAUCCAUUGUGGCAGCUAGGAAUCUCAAUAAGGGUUACAGGUUGCAAUUGGCAGAUAUGGCCAUUAAAGUCAGUGAACCCACCGGCCUGACAGCGGAGGAUUACCUGGACUUGGUAGGCAAGGAAUUGGCAGACAAUAUUGGUGAGGAUGAACCCAUACUUGGGAGUAGUAUAAUCAAUUGAAUCAUGGGU